AUGACCACGAUAGCGACCUACACCGUACCUCCCUCGCUGGACGACAAGUACCCUCUCGUGUACGACAGCCCUGUGCGGGUUGAGCAGCGCUACUACCCCGAGAGCGAAUCGAUCGAAGCCCCAGCCCCAGCACCAACGCAGGCAGCGCCGCAAGCCACUCAGAGCGCCCUGCUCCUCCACGGCAUCGGACAAGAAUAUACCCUCGUGACCGAUCAUGCCAUCCCGUCCAUCCUGGGUGAGGAGGAGAUCCUAGUCAAGAUCCAAGCGAUCGGCCUCAACCCAAUUGACUGGAAGGGCCCAGCGUAUAACUUCGGCAUCCCCGCUCUCCCCUGGAUCAACGGCCGCGACCUGGCCGGCGUGGUCGUCGCCGUGCGCGACCCCGCCCACCCGCGCAUCCGCGUCGGCGACCGCGUCCUCGUCCCCUCCACCGACUACCGGGACAUCCGCAAGGCCGCCUUCCAGCAGUACGCGGUCGCCACGCACUUCAACGCCGCCCGCAUCCCCGACCAGACGGGCGUGCACGUCAGCGCGUCGUUGGGGGUGGCGUUUGUGGCCUCGACCCUUGCCUUGGGCGUGUCUCUGGGCCUGGAUUUCUCGACGAUCGCCGCGUGUCCCGGCCCGAAUCUCGUGGAUGCCGUGCAGUCGGUCGACGCAGCGGAGAUCCCGGCGGAUGUACGGGAGGAGUGUUUCUCGGCGGUACCGGUGCAGGACCGCUUGCGGAGGGGCGAGUGGCUGGUUAUUUGGGGGGCAUCUACAACCACGGGGAUGAUCACCCUACAACUAGCGAAGCUAGCGGGCCUGAAGGUUCUCUGCGUCGCCGACGUCGCCCGCCAUGGGGCGCGCCUGCACGCCCUCGGGGCGGAUGUGCUGGUCGACCGACACGAUCCCGCCCGCGCGGUGGAGAUCAUCCGCGGCGUAACGGGGGGUGGGCUGCGGUAUGCGGUGGACAUCGUGGGGCGGGAGACGGCGACGCUGCUGCAGGAGGUGUUGGAUGCCACCGUGCGCGAGGAUGGCUCGCAUGCGCAUCUGCUGGGGUUGACAGGAUUGCCCAAGGAGCGACGGGCGGGGAUCAAGUAUCAUACCGUGCCCAUCAAGCUGUUCCAUUCGUCGGUCGGGGUCGGGGAGAAGAUGGUCGCGUGGUUGGAGGAAUUGCUGGCGUCGAACACGCUGCUGGGGCCGGAGGUGGUGCGCCAUGCCGGCGGUUUGGAGGGGGUCAACGCGGCGCUGGAUACGCUGCGGCAGGGGAGUGUGUCGGGGAAGAGGAUCGUGGUGGACUUGGAG